AUUUUGUGUACGAAGAAGAGUGUGCCAAAGAAGUAGCUAUUCGCUGCGAGUGUAGACAUGUCCCACAAGUAACCUAAUGCUAACUUAGCCACUGCUAGGUGCUGAGUUGUACAAAAGUGUCUCGAAACCCGCCAGGGGAAUUUUUUUUCAGCACAGGAACCAUCUGUUAGUGGUUUCUGUGGAGAGCUUGACAAACCAGCGAAACAUUCCAGGUAUUACUUAUCCGAAAAGAGCUCGUUAGCUUGUUGUAGCUGGCUGACCGGGAAGCUCCAUAACAUCACAGCGUGCAUCACAGCCAUGUCCACCGCCGGAGAUUUUGGGAAUCCACUAAGAAAAUUUAAAUUGGUGUUCCUCGGGGAGCAAAGUGUGGGGAAGACUUCAUUGAUCACCAGGUUCAUGUAUGACAGCUUCGACAACACUUACCAAGCCACAAUAGGAAUAGAUUUCCUAUCAAAAACAAUGUACCUUGAAGACAGAACAAUCAGGUUACAAUUGUGGGACACGGCAGGCCAGGAGCGAUUUCGUAGCCUCAUCCCAAGUUACAUCAGAGACUCUGCUGCCGCCGUUGUAGUGUACGACAUAACAAACGUGAACUCUUUCCAGCAAACAACAAAAUGGAUUGAUGAUGUGAGAACAGAGCGAGGAAGUGACGUCAUAAUCAUGUUGGUGGGAAACAAGACAGACCUUGCAGACAAAAGACAGAUUACCACAGAGGAGGGAGAGCAGAGAGCAAAAGAGAUGAAUGUUCUGUUUAUUGAAACAAGUGCAAAGACAGGCUACAAUGUCAAACAGCUCUUCCGCCGUGUGGCAGCCGCCCUCCCUGGCAUGGACACCACCCAGGACAAGAAUAGAGGGGACAUGAUCGACAUCAAGCUGGAGAAGCCACAGGAGCAGCCUGCCAGUGAAGGGGGUUGUGCCUGCUAAUUGCUGCCCUCUACUGGGAAAUGUCCUCCUGGGCGUGUCUUGUCUGUAUCUGUACCCUUUAAUACAUCCACCUCACUUCCUUAGCCUGAAGGAUAAUAUUACAUUGGCUCGACCCUGUCAUUGUCCUAAACCGUCACUCUUAUCGGAUCGCCGUCAAAGUUUUGGAUCAAUAUUUGCACUGCUGCACACAGACAUGGAUACGGUAUUCACGUGCUUGUCUGUUCAUUCAGAUGGCGACAGUGAAUAUGGUGCAGUAGUUUGUGUGGAAAGAUUACUUUUUGAACCAAACGGCAAGGCAAUACACAUGUUAUAAAAGUUGGCAUGUUAACUAAACAGCACUGCAUUCACAAAUCAGUCAAGUGCAAUGUGGAGCUGUUUGCAAUGUGGAUUAUUUCACAAUUUGUGUUAUCUACUCUUGUGUAAUGUGGAAAUGGUUGUAAAGUUGCACUGAACGCUAACAGACACGAUUUUGAUGUGGACACAGACUGAAAACAACAAACAGGCAUGACAUGUCAUGUCAGCUUUUACCAGCGUAGUUGCCCAGACAUUUCCCAGCAUGUCAUAAAAUCCACCGCAUGGACACAACUAUGACACCCACUUAGGCCGACGCUACGCCUUCCCUCUGAUGUGUCCGUCCUCAUUGAAACAGAUUUUUUUGGUCUUGGCUUCUAUUUUCUACCCUUUUUUCAGAUUGUUUUUUAUAUAUUCAGAAUACAAUAGAGCUAUUUGAUGAUAGUGUUUGAUAAAUAUUUUUCAUAUAAAGAGUCAAUAUUAUAAAUGCUAGAUAUGCCUUUGGAAAGUACUAAUGAGGGCUUCUUUUGAUUUUGGUUUAUCAAGUUGGGUUGGUUAAAGACAUCUCAUUUGCUUUCUUUGGUGUUGACUUUUUGUUAGUGAUCAAUUCACAAGUGUAUUUAAUCCACAAUGACUUGUUAUAUUUAUUUCUAUUACUUUUCUAUGGCUUUUAAUACUUUCCAUGUUGAUACGACUCUAAAAUUGCUAAUAAGAUAAGCUCUAAAGUGUAUCAACGUUGGACUGUCAACAGCGUUCUUGUCUAUCACUGCAAAAUGGUUUGGUCCUGCAAUUUUUAUUGUGCAAUUUUACUUUGUCUCAACAUUCAGAAAAGUUAGAUUUUCAUGGCAUGACAUUCAUAUGGUUUCUGUUUGAAAUUGAUUAAAUGGAAAAAAUAAAAUGCACUUGUUACUGCUGUUGCAAUUCA